CACCUGGAAGAUGCCACCACUGAACAGCUUUAACGGGAACGGCAACGGUUGCGGAGAUAUUAUCUGCUCGAUGGCAACAUCCGGAGCCCAGCUUCCGGCCGCUUCCAAUGACCCAUCGCAGGCGGCGGCGGUGCCGGGUAGCGGUGCUGGUGCUGGGCAUGGUACCCCCAGCAAGCCCCGGUUUUCCUGUCCCCAUUACGCGCAGAAGAUGUUGCUAAACCUCAACGCGCUGCGACUGGAUGGCCGAUUUUGUGACGUAGAAAUCCGGGCCAGUGGAACCACCACCAUUCAUGCGCAUCGGGCGGUGCUGAGUGCAAGCUCGGCCUACUUCGAAGCCAUGUUCCGACCGGAGCUCGGUCUGAGCGAAGGCAAGCAGCGCUCCGUGACGCUGCACUCGAUCCGGGCCGAUAUCCUCGAGCUGCUGGUUGGCUUCAUCUACACCGGUCAAAUCGAAAUCGAACAGAGCAACGUACAGGAAUUGCUAGCGGCGGCCGAUAUGCUGCAGGUUCCGGAAGUGGUCGACGGGUGCUGCGAGUACCUGUGCCGGGAGCUGCACUCGUCGAAUGCCCUAGGAAUAUUGCGCUUCGCCGAAGCACACAACUGCCGCCAGCUGGCCGAAGUGGCCUCCAGCUUCGUGUACAGCAACUUUCCAAAGGUGGCGCUUGAGGACGAACUGCUCGACGUGCCGCACACGCUGCUGGUGAAGGUGAUCGCGUCCGAAGCGCUGCGCGUGGACAGCGAAUAUCAGGUGUUUAGUGCCGCGCUGCGCUGGAUCCAGCACGACGUUGUCCCGCGGCGCCAGUACGUGUUCGAGAUCCUGUCGCACAUUCGCAUCGCGCUCGUGGCGGUGUCGCUGAUCGAUCAAGCGAUCGUCGAGUGUCGCGAUGUGUCACUCAAGAUCGCACUGCGCUCGGUGCGCCGCGAUCUCACGUCCCGCCGUGGUCAGCUCGUACCGUUGCGCGUUUGUCCGCGGGUUUGCGCCAAAAAGAGCAUCUACGUGAUCGGUGGCUCACGGAGGGAACAGUCGGCCGGGUGGACGCCAACGGAUUGGAUCUUUGAGUCGGUGAUAAAGUACGACAUUUUUGCCCGCGAGUGGACCGAGUCGGCUCCGAUGGAGAUCGGGCGGAUAUUGCCCGGCGUGGCGGCACUCGGUGGGAAAGUGUACGUGAUCGGUGGCGAGCGGGGCAGCCAGAUAUUGGCGAACGGCGAGGUGUACGAUCCGCAGAACAACAACUGGGAACCGAUGGCUCCGAUGAAUGUGCCGCGCUGUGAGUUCGGCCUGUGCACACUCGGCGGCACGCUGUACGCGAUGGGCGGCUGGAUCGGCGAGGACAUUGGCGGUUCGAUCGAGUGCUACGAUCCGAUGCGGAAAGCCUGGCGUAUGGUUGGCGAUCUGCCGGAACCGAAGUUCAGCAUGGGUGUAGUUAGUUUUGAAGGAUUAAUUUACAUCGUCGGUGGAUGCAAUACUCAUUCGAGAUAUUUAACGGAUCUUAUUAGCUAUAAUCCCGUAACGAACGAAUGGACGAAGCUCGCCCGCAUGCAGACGGCUCGCUGUCAGAUGGGAGUGGCCAUUCUGGACCGUCACCUGUACGUCGUCGGUGGCAAUAGCAGCCAGCAGGAGGUGCUGCGCACUGUCGAGCGGUACAGCUUCGACGAUGACAAGUGGUCAAUUGUGUCCCCGAUGACCGUUUGUCGCUCCAGUCCUGCGGUGGCUGCGGCCGACGGCUUACUGUACGUGGCCGGCGGUGAUCAACCGUGUGAGAUUAACUUCUACCGCGCACAGAUCACGAUCAGCUCGUUCGAGUGCUACGAUCCGAUCACCGACCAGUGGAAGGUUUGCCCCGAUCUGCCCACCAGUCGCUCCGAGGCCGGAGCCGUCGUUGUUUAAGCCGUUUUGGGUUGGCACGAAGCUGGUCCAGGGCGUAACGCUUU